AAGAAGUCGGUAACCCCAUGUCCUGUUGCUGGUCUCGUAUUUUCCAUGAGCUUGUCAGUGUGUUGUUGUUUGUCUCAGUAGACAAAAAGAGGUCACAGCGUUAAUUUAGGACUUGCUUGUUUAAAUAUUUAUAUAUUUAUAAUAUAUAUUUGUUGGUUAGUGAAGUUUUUUGGACAAUGUCUUCGCCGUUGGAAAUGACAGAGUUGUAUGACAACGCGUUGCUUGGAAUCUUGCAGCAUGUUGGAAACAUACAGAAUUUUCUGCAGAUAUAUUUCGGGUUUUUGUACAGAAAAACAGACUUUUAUCGCCUUCUGACCAGUCCGAACGACAAAAUGGGCUUCCCACCUGGAGUGGCAGAAAAAAUGGUCCUAAAGACAUUUAAGUUGUUCGAGAAACUGGCAGUGCAGGACAGAGAGAGGGCAAUGAAGCUGGCCGAAGAAGCCCGAGCUGUUCCCGCUGUAGUGGAGGAAAUCAUCGAAGUUCAAUCACAGCCAGAAAUGGCAGAACCUACAGAAGCCGUGCAGGAAUCCACGUCUGCCCAAGCUUCAGCCGCAGAGUCAGUACCUGCAGGGGCAGAGUCUGCAGAUGGAAAUGCAACCAAAGUGCAGCCUGCAGGGAGCGAACAACCAACAGCAUUGCCUGCGUCUGCGUUAGCAGCAUCUGUGUCUGCAGCAUCUGCACCUACACCAGUGGCUAGUUCAGAUUCUUCUGCGGCUGCACCUGACCAGCCCAGUUUCCAGACAAACCCAGAUAGCUACAACGGUGCUGUCAGAGAAAAUUACAGCUGGUCACAGGACUACUCUGAUGUGGAAGUUCGAGUUUUUGUCCCACCGAGCAUUGUCAAGGGCAGACAGGUGUCUGUCAGUCUUCAGUCUGGUGGCGUGCGUGUGGCAGCGAAGGAGGGAGUGUCAGACAACGUCCUGAUGGAAGGCGAGUUCAUGCACAAAAUCAACACUGAGAAUUCUCUGUGGAGUCUGGAGCCAGGCCGUUGUGUAGUGCUGUCUCUGAGUAAAUGCGGGGAAGUGUGGUGGACUGCUGUGCUGAAAGGCGAACAAGAAAUCGAUGUAAAUCAGAUCAACCGCGAGCGCUCCAUGGCCACUGUGGACGAAGAGGAGCACGCCGUGUUGGACCGUCUCACCUUUGACUACCAACAGAAACUGCAAGGAAAGCCCCAGAGCCACGAGAUGAAAGUUCAUGAAAUGCUGAAGAAGGGCUGGGAUGCCGAGGGAUCGCCGUUCAAAGGCCAGCAGUUUGAUCCGUCCAUGUUCGACAUACCGCCAAGUGCUGUUCAGUUUUGAACUGAAGAAUCUUUGGUAGAUACUGUGUGAGAGAAGCCAAAAAUCUGUCUGCAUCGCAUACACUGAAGCAUCAAGCACUGACAACUCGGGCAUUUACUGUAUGAUGGACAACAUGACAGCACUGCAGAAUUUGAAUAACUAAAGCUGUAAAUAGAUCAAUUUCCCAAAUGACAUGAGGAUUCAUUCAGACCUGGAUAUAUCUAUAUAUAAAUUACUUUUUUUAUUUCAGCGAUAUUGCAGUAAAUGCAUCAAUUCACAUGGCAUAUGGAUUAUAUCUUUCUAUAGGUUCUUGGUAAAAUAACUGACUGAAGUAAAACUACUAAAAUACUUCAGAAUUUUCUCGAAUAAGUGAACAACAUAAUACUGAAAGAUAUUACAGUAGGUUGGGUAUAUGUGUCAUCCUGCAGUUCCUCACAUCACCAUACAGUAUGUUCUUGAGCCUUUUUGAAUAUUUGUCAGGUUUAGGAGUUUGAUGGCUAAAGCAUUUUUUAUUUCUAGUUUUCAAUCUGUGUUUUGGUUUUGUUUCCCCAAAUUUAAUAAAA